ACAGACAGGGGACUCGGGACGCGCUGGUACGCGCGGGAUUCCGCCCGCGGAUUCGGGACUAGGUAGACUGGUCCACCAAAACUCGGUCAGCGGAAGCUUUCUAAAAACAAAAUGGCCGAAGCCGAAAAGGCAUCUGUGGUGCAGUUUAGUGGCGGCGAGAGAGAAGUCAUUGAAAGAAAAUUAGAUGCCUCUACCGAUGCUCUAGAUACAAGGAAAGACAUCAGUGAUUUUUAUGAAAUUUCGAGAUGCGUGGAUGUCAUAAAAAGUCGUGGUUUUGAGAAGGUCGCUCUCCAGUUUCCGGACUCACUGUUAAUUGACUCUGCAGCUGUUGCUUCAUUGAUUGAGAAAAACACUGGAAAGAAAGUAUUUGUGUUGGCUGACACUUCAUAUGGAAGUUGCUGUGUAGAUGAAGUGGCAGCAGAACAUGUUCAGGCUGAUGUGAUCAUUCACUAUGGCAGAGCUUGUUUGAGUCAGACCCGGAGACUUCCAGUGUUGCAUAUAUUUGGCAAAUGGCCAGUCAGCAUUCCAAGCUGUUUGGAGAACUUUAAAAAGUUAUUUCCAGAUCCUGCAGUUAAAGUGGUGGUGUUUUCAGAUGUGGUAUACAAUCACUGCAUGGGAGAUGUCCAGAAUGCUAUCAAAUGUAUUUAUCCAAAUGUGAUAUUCACAAAGUUGACUUACUCCGCUUUUGAAAAGGAAGAGAAUUUUCCUGCAAAUCUAAAUCUAGAAAAUAAGCAAAAUAUUGAAGAGGGCAAUCCUCAGGACAUCACCUCUACAACGAAAUUACUAAGUAACUCAGUGGAAACAGAUGUUGACAUGGCUUCACCAGAAGACAGGAAUGAAGAUCCAGUAAACAAUGGCUAUUUUUGUAGAUUUGGACGAGAAUUCAGUAUUCCUACAGAUGCACAGUUGGAGGAGUAUAAUGUGUUUUACAUUGGUGGGGAAAGUUUGUGUUUAAGAAACUUAAUGAUGUCCUAUAACAAAUGUCAGUUUUAUUCAUAUGAUCCAUGUACCAAUGUUGGAAGAAAAGAGACACUGAAUGUCAAUAAGGCACUUAUGAAAAGGUAUUACAUGAUCCAACGAGCUAAAGAUGCCCAAGUAGUUGGAAUUGUGGUUGGAACAUUAGGAGUAGCUGACUACUUGAAAGUUAUUGAACGAAUGAAACAAGUUAUAAAGAUGGCUGGAAAAAAGUCUUAUUUAUUUGUCAUGGGGAAGCUUAAUGUGGCAAAAAUGGCCAACUUCAUGGAGGUCGAUGUGUUUGUGUUAGUUGCAUGUCCUGAAAAUACACUGAUUGAUUCCAAGGAAUUCUACAAACCAAUAGUGACUCCUUUUGAAAUGGAGAUAGCAUGCCUAAGAACACGAGACUGGACAGGAGACUAUAUCACUGAUUUUAGAGACCUUCUACCAGGGUCAAGUGUCUCUGUUGAUCUGGUUGGGGAAGAGAGUAUGGACGAUUCCAGUGACAUACCAGAUGUAUCUCUAAUAACUGGGCAUUUAAGACCCACGUACAAAUCAUCAGACGUGGAAACAGGAGUUUCUUCAUCAUUGGUUGAGCGGAAUCAAGAAACAACUUUGUCGACUCAGCACCACACUUCAGCAGUGGAAUACCUUGCAUCCAGAUCAUGGAAAGGACUGGAACAGAAACAAGGUGAAACGCCUGUGAUUAAAGCAGUACAGGGCAGAGAAGGCAUUGCAGCUGGGUACUCACACGAGAAGGGCCUAAAUCAAGACAGCCAGGAAAACCCUUCCAGUCAAUGAUCAACGGGGCAUCUUUAUGGGCAGGGUCCAAAUGAAAGAACAGUGGUCAGCUCCUGGAUCGGGGGUGUGGCACAUUAACCAUGAGGCCACCACGUCACUUGUUCUCCAGCUUUAUGAAAAGCAAAAGGAACCUGGAUUGUUGUUCGCCGAUCAAAUGUUAUAAAACUCACGAAGCGAUGAUGCUGUCAUGGAAUAAUUCUCAGCAACUUGUUGUCUUGUCUUUUUUCCUUUAGGAAGUCGAUAGAAAGGUCUUGGGAACGAAGUUCAAUUUAGACAGGUCAGAGAAUUCAAUUUCUAAAUGGCGUAUGUUGAAGACAACCAUGGUUAAAGAAUGAAACUCUUGUAAAAAAAAA